GUCAGGAGCGAAGCAGUCUGCAGAGGGAGAGCUUCCUGCAUAUAGUUUAGUUGUUUGGGUUGGUGGCCUGUUCUUGCCGUUCCGUCGAUUUCAAUCCCAUCAUGACAUCCACCAUAGACGAAAGCAAUAAGGAAAAGAUGCGCUCUGUGUCUGUAGAUCUAAACCAUGAUGCCUCUCUUCUCAUUGACAUUCCUGAUGCACUCUGUGAAAGGGACAAAGUCAAGUUUACUGUUCAUACAAAGACAACACUUAGCUCUUUCCAGAAGCCAGAGUUCUCCGUUCCCAGGCAGCAUGAAGACUUCAUCUGGCUACAUGACACUCUGGUUGAGACAGAAGACUAUGCCGGCCUAAUUAUUCCUCCAGUGCCCCCAAAGCCGGACUUCGAGAGCCCAAGAGAGAAGAUGCACAAACUGGGGGAAGGUGAAGCCACUAUGACUAAGGAGGAGUACACUAAAAUGAAGCAGGAGUUGGAGGCUGAGUACCUGGCUGUGUUCAAGAAAACUGUCCAAGUGCACGAAGUCUUCCUGCAGAGAUUGUCCUCUCACCCCAAUUUAAGCAAAGACAGAAACUUCCAGAUUUUCUUAGAGUAUGACCAGGAUCUCACUGUGAGAAGAAAGAAUGCAAAGGAAAUGUUUGGAGGAUUCUUUAAAAACAUGGUGAAGUCAGCUGAUGAGGUCCUUAUCUCAGGAAUUAAGGAAGUGGAUGAUUUUUUUGAGCAGGAGAAGACAUUCCUGCUCGACUACUACAGCAAGAUAAAAGAUGCCACUGCCAAAGCAGAGAAAAUGACACGCUCGCACAAAAAUAUUGCGGAUGAUUACAUUCACAUCUCUGCCACUCUGAACAGUCUCUCUGCUGAUGAUAGCACAGCAAAUAAAAAGCACCUGGAGAAAAUGGCUGACCUGUUUGAGAAGCUCAGAAAAGUAGAGGGAAGAGUAGCAUCUGACCAGGAGCUGAAACUCACAGAGCUGCUCAGAUAUUACAUGAGAGACAUCCAGGCUGCCAAGGACCUUCUGUACAGGCGAGCUCGGGCAUUAGUUGACUACGAGAACUCUAACAAGGCUUUGGAUAAGGCUCGACUGAAGAGCAAGGACAUUCCUCAGGCGGAGGAGCACCAGCAGCAGUGCCUGCAGAAAUUUGACAAGCUCUCGGAGUCUGGGAAGAAAGAACUCACCAGUUUCAAGGGCAGGCGUGUUGUGGCCUUCAGGAAGAACCUCAUAGAGAUGGCGGAGCUGGAGAUAAAACAUGCCAAGAACAACGUGACUCUACUGCAGGGAUGCAUUGACUUGCUCAAGAGCAUCUGAGAAGUAUUCAAGUAUUCCUGUCCUACCAUCACCAAGUGACCAGUCAUAGCAAAUGGGAACCUGGCGUCCCCGGGGCCUUGCAUGGACACGUUUCCAAACCCUAUCUCUGCUACCACCCAUGGGUCUGAUGCCACUUUAAAACCCUGCACGAGACCAAGUGUCUUGUAAGCAGAAUGUCUUCAUGUUUACAGAUUCCCUGUCCUCUGGUCCGUGGUCCAUCCUUUUCCAUUAUUUAUGGAAGUCUUACUCGAUGUGAAUGACUCUGGUGAAGGAGGCAGCCAACAUUAAGGUCUUCCAUUCCUUUGCAGCACCGAUAGAGGUGAAUUUUCUUUUUUUCCUAAUUUCUUGUUUUUUAAUUUUUACAUUAUGCACAUAUGCCUUUUUCAUAUUUUGCCUCCCUACAUUUCGACUCAAAGCUCUGCUCUCGUGUACACUUUUAAAUACUUUCUUUUUAAGGGUUAUUGCUUUUUUUCCUUGCAUAGCCAUAACCUGAGUUUUAUGAUUCAUAUGCUCAAUCUUUUGGGGCUUUUUUGUUUGGUAAUGGAACAGUUUGACUGAAGCAAAACUAGUGCCUGGGGGAAAAAACAUCCUCAUCAUCUGUAUUCCUGGGCUCUGAGAUAAGAGUACAACCAAACCAACCCUAAGAAAAACUCAUGACUGACAUACAAGACAAUACCAAUCAUCCAAGAUCAAAUGUUUUAAAAUAGCUGCACUUCACCUUCGGAAUGGACAGUCAGAUCAGUCCCCAAAUUAUUGUUUGUAGGAAGUGGCCUCAGAUGCCACAGUUAUGAAAGAUGCACAUUCUUUUUUUCAAAUAUUGAUGAAUCAGAAGAUUUCAGCUCGAGAUUGGUGGUUGUUUGCACAAUGCAUGCGUAAUACCCCUCCACUACAUGUAUCCUGUCCUCAGCAGCUUCUUCACCCCAACCAGCUCAGCCCAUUCAUUUUUUGGUGUGUAAUUCUUUUUGUUUUUCCUUAUUUUGCCCUAUAUUCCUCUUUGUUAUUGAUGGGGUCUCAUGUAUCAGUCCUGAUAUAUUUACCAGAUCCUCUACACAUUUUGUUUAUUUAAAGAAGAUAUAGAAAGAUGCACUAAGAAGAUAAAAAAACAAAAAACACUCUGCAAUCAUGACCAGGCUCAGUGGAGUGUUAAAAUGCAUUAUAGUUUUUUAAGAAAUUGAAUGUAUUUCUAAUGGAUUCCAACUGUGUGAAUUCCUUUACAUUAUGUUUUCUUACAGAACAUUAGCCUUUUUAUAAAUUUGUAACAAUGGCAUUGAAUAAAUCCUACUUUCCCAAGA